GAAUCGGCUAUUUAAGAUGACCGUUUUUCCUAAUAUAACCACAAUUAAAGGUCUUUACUCUUUAAUAGUGUAUAAAUGUAUAAUGUAGCGUUAUAAGAACUGUAGCCUGUACGUCACCGUUCUGGUCAUUACUCAUUACGCACUGUUGUUAUUUUUUAUAUAUUAAUAUAAAUCCGUUUCUCUUCUGUACCUACGUUGCGUGAUCUUUAGGAAAUCACUCCGUUUUUAAUCGCAUUGACAUCGAUGGUUUUUUUAUAGUGCUCAUACAACCGAGACUUAUGAAAUCUAAAUGCAAUGGCACUAAUUGAUAAAGACGAAGUAAGUAACGUUCAUUUGUUGAACGACUCUUGGAAACUAUGGUACUGGAAAUUCAGCGGAACUGUGGUCCCAGACGAAAAUUGGACUGAUAAUUUGUACGGGUUGUGUGAGUUUGACAGCGUUGAAAAGUUUUGGAGCAUAUUUAAUCACAUUAAAAUACCAAGUAUGUUAACGACUGGUUGUGAUUAUUCUGUAUUUAAAUCAGAUAUAAAACCCAUGUGGGAAGACCCAACAAACAAGAAUGGUGGACGUUGGUUAAUUAAGGAUAAUGGACUAUUAGAUCAGUACUGGAUGGAUAUUUUGUUGAGUAUGAUUGGAGGGAUGUAUGAUCCAUACAACGAUAAUAUUUGUGGUAUUGUGUAUAAUAGGCGUCAAUACAGUAAAAUAUCUGUUUGGAUUUCUUCAUGUGAUACAAAUAUUGUUAACGACAUUGGUUCAAAACUCAAGAAUUACCUUAAUACAAAAGAAAAAUUUAAAUUUGAAAAACAUAGUGAAUUUUGGAAGAAGAAAAUAAAUUCGUAUAAGAAAAAUUAUUUAGGCCAAAUGACACAAACAAAUAUAUAA